AUGAAGAAACCAACUCAAUCGUUUAGGCGUUCUUGUGGAUCCCCGGGAUACAAAGUGCCACUCAUUAUAAUCGCCCUAAUCACGCUUACGAUCCACUAUCAAGGCGCCGUGAGUGAAAGUGGAGCAACGAGAGAGCUUAGAACAGGAGGUUUGUAUGAUGAAUUUGUGGAUCUCGCCCAGGAUGCUUACCAGCAAACGGCUUCGAAGAUUUCUAUAGUUGGUGAGCAAGUAGAAGAGCAAUUCGGCGCAUCUUUCGAAAAGAUGUUUCCAGAUCGUGCGGAUUCCAGCGAGUCCAACAGCCAGCGGACCAACCGUUUUGAUGUAAAUGACAAUCCAUCAGGAGAUCAUCAGUACGAUGUAUUGCAACGGGACGAAAGUGUCCGGAGCGACACACUGGUUUUAGGAAGUAAUAAGGUGACAGCCGCAGCAAACAAUGACGACGUGGAGGAGAGUGAGGAUGAAGAAGGCAAAACUGAGAGAGAAAAGUAUGAUUCAGAGGAUAGCCAAAACACAUCGGAUGACGGCGCUGAUGGUCCGACCACCAAAGAAAAUAAUGAUGAUACGGAAGAAGACAAUGAGAGAGAAGACGAAGAUGAUACGGAGAAAAAGAACGAGGGAGAAAAUGAUGAUGAUGACGACAAGGAGAAACACGCAGCAAGUGGAAGCUUGAAGGAAAACGCACGCAGGGCUGACCAAGCCAAUCGUGAUGGCGAUCUGACCACUCACAAUAACAAAGACAGUGAUGAGAGUAGUACGGACAAUGAUGAGGAAGAUGACUCUGAAAGUGAAAACGAGAAUGAUAACGCUCAACGCACCCGUGCAUUCCAAAAGAAACUGAAAGUCAAGCAAGCCAUGGAAAAGGAAGAAGCUCCUACAGAGAAACGACCCCACAGAGUCGUAGUGGUAGAAAACGCCGCGCCUUUACCCGACGCUGAAGAGGUACACGCGCUGUUAAAUGAACGAAAGGCACAUCGAGAAGAUGAGACGAACCACGACGUAGAUAGUGAUGAAGGUAACACCCAAAAUACCAAAAAGCACAGAAAAAAGAAGCGAAAGAGUAAGGCACAUGCGAAUAGCGAUGCAGAUACAGCAGAACAGGGAAACGCGUUCAAGGACUUAACCCAGUUGGAUGAUACCACGGCGAAUAUGAUAGAGGGAGGUGGUGCGCUACGAGUUCGUUCGAAAUAUGCGCGCGGCGAGCAUUACCAACGACAAUCAUCAUAUGAAAGCGAAACCGUCUUUAACUACACAGCUUUGGGCAUUGAGCUGCACCGAGAGAAGUUAUAUGGGAAAGAUACUUGCACGCGACUUACGUACGAAAGAAUAGGAAGACCAAAUGCGCUUGAUUUCGUUCACCCCAUGAACCGAAAAGAGUUCGAAAAGUGGGGUGUGAAUCCUCCUAUAGAAUCUGUGUCUGCAAAAUGUUUUCUGACGCAGAGCUCCAAGAUUGAGAAGCAGAACAUCCCUUUGAACAUGCUAGAUCGAGUGUGUGCAUUCAAGAAUCUAUGCGUACAGGGAGGCAGGCGGAUGACUCAGGGAUUAGAUCCGGAGGAGAUCGAGAAAGAGAACACCGUCAGAAAGUUUACUCGCCCGGUGAUUUUUAUUAAUAACAAUAGUAGAAACCAGCUGUCCCGCGUUCUGACUGUAGUGGGUAUCUAUGAUGCGCUGGAUCUGGCGGGAUUGUGGCCACCUGAACGACGAGUUGAGAUCGUUAUCAUGAAAGACGAGGCACCCCAAAGUGAAAGGGAGAAGGCCCAUUUGCUUCCAUUCUUCGACCCUAAAAUGUAUCAUAUCUCAUACUCCGGCACAUGGAUGAACCCAAAAGGGCACGCUACCUGCUUCGACCAAUCAGUUGUGGGUGCUGGAGGGUCAUACUUUCCUAUUCUACGAACCCGAGACAACAUUACCAUCGCGCAAACAAGUCGAAAGUACCCAGAUUCUCACCUCCGGCUACAACAUAUCAUGCCCAGGGUAAUCUCUGAAUUCACUAGGAUACAUGGUGACGUCAAGCCAAAACCAUGUACAGCGCUGCUGAUAAUCCGUGGGAGUACUCGGCAAAUCAAAAACCGCGAUGAGGUUGUAGAGUUUCUAGAAUCAGAAGGGUACAAGGUCACAAUGCACGACUUCUCCGGGCAAGAUCUAUUGGAGCAGAAGCUUGUGUCGCGAGAAUACGAAGUCGUCAUCGGUAUGCAUGGUGCUGGACUGGUAAACAUUAUCAUGUCUCCAAACACUUCGCUAAUCGAGUUGCAUCCGUACAAGCAUUCAAAGGAGACAUACAGUGCUCUAUAUAGCUACACGGAAUCCCCAUACUACGCGUGGUAUAAUCAGGAAGAGAAGAACUCGUUCGAGAACAAUGAAAGCAAAGCUCAAACGAACGAUCAUUAUUUCUGGAAACAAAGACAUCAGUACAUCGAUAUGCCUAGCUUCAACUCGGUCACGUGGCAAAGAUACCGUUCGGAUCAAGAUAAAAGGACGGGCGCGAAGAUUUGUCGGCCAUAAUGGAAGCCUUGUAAACCUGCAAUUAGUAGCAUUUAUGAGUGUAGCUCUGAUGACCACGAUCACGUAUGCCGCUUAGGCCUAGUAAAUCCCCACCAAUAGAGAGUACAAAUCUGGUGUGAUCCGCACAGACACCGUUAGGCAUGACAGUGUUAGGAUAGACGUCUG